AGGCCUGGCUCGAGCCGAGCCCCCGGGCCUCGCCAUGGCGGUGCGCUGGCGCGGGCCCUCCACGCCGGCCCGCCGGCGCCCCACGCCGCUCGUCGAGGGCCGCGGCGCCGGCGGCCUCGGCGAGCGCGCUCGGCCGCGCAGCGCGCCCAGGUCCUUCAGGCGCCCCAUCUGCCUCGGCCGCAUCGCCAGCCGCGCGUCCUUCCUGCAGAGCCCCGUGGCCAGCUCCGCCCCGGCCAGCCCGGCCUCCGGCUCCGGCGGCAGGCCGACGUGCACCACGCCGGAGUGGGUGCAGGACGUCUACCUCGCGGCCGUCUCCGAGCCAUCGUCGCCCUCGCGGAGGUUCGCGUACUGCCACGGUCGGCGCUCAGUGCGUGCCUCGGAGCCCGGCGGCCUCGCGGCGUGCGGCGGCAGCCCCACGGCCGCGUCGAAGCCGCCGAGGAGCCCCGCGGGCUGGAGCGCGGGCUCGCAGGAGAACAGGCAGCUCUUGCUGCUGAGCGGCGAGUCGACGACCGUGCCUGACCUGGUGCCCUCGUGGUCGUCUCCGACGGUGCAGUCUGCGCGGCGGCCAGCGGGCAGGCUCGAGGCGCGCGCCCCGACCGCGUGGGACAAGUGGCUGGACCACAAGGUCUGGGUGGUCAGCACGUUCGCCCUGCUGGACGCGGACGACGACGGGGCCCUGGUUGCCGCAGACCUCCAGGGCGCGGCGUUCUGCUCCAAGAUGUCCGAGCUCAUGGGGCGCAGCCUGGACGCCGACGCGUGCGCGGGCAUGGCCCGCGCCCUCGUGCAGGGCGCGCCCGUGGAGGGCCGCGUCGCCCGGGAAGACUUCGGGCGCUUCGCGUGGCGGCAGCGGCCAGACCUCUCCGCGGCCGAGAAGGCGGCUGCCGAGGCCAGGGCCGCCGGCCGCCGCUGGGACGCGGCGGCCGAGGCGGCGGCCGAGGCGGCGGCCGCGGG